AAGAGAUUUAGUUGUAAUUCCCCGGAGUGAUUCAGAAUCAAUACUCAAUGCAUUUCUGACUGAUGUGCAGAACAAGAUGCCAACUGUGUGUGGAGUGUCAUUGAAGAUUGGCAGAAAACCACAGUAUAGUACAACAACAUUAUGUGAGGCUAGUAGUAAUGACAUUGAUCAAAUUUCCUCGUCUUUAAGUGAUGAACCACCACAAAGAAAACUACCAGCAAGAAGAAAUGUGGAGAAAAUUUACACUAAUACUUAUCAUCACCCUGUCUGCAGUCAAACAUCAAAUAAUUUAUUCCGAAAUGCUGGAUUUCUGAGUGCAAAUGCUUCGACCACCCAAACAUGUGGUAUUCCAAAGUCUGUGCCUGAAAAUAUCCCUAAAACACAAAGAGUUAUACCGAUAUUCAAGGCACAGUGCAUUAGAACCCCUCUUGCUACAAAACAACCAGUCAAGCCACGAACUGUGCCAUCAUUUAAACCUGUUGCUAGAACUCCCAUAUUUGCAGAUCAAUCCACAUUCCCCAGUGCCAGUGUGAAAACACAACUCUCAAGUCAGUACACACCAGUAAAAAGAAAUCUCAUUAAACCAUCUUUCUCAAGCCAACCUAUUCCUGGAAAAACACUUACUAUGCAACCAGUUAAUAUGGGUGUUGGAAAAACUCAGAUAAUACCAGCAGGAAAGAGAAAGAAACAGGAUGCUGAAUGUAAUGAGACAGUGAAGAAACAACGAACCAAACCAAAAGUUCAAGAAAAUGUAGAUAUAGGAUCAUUGGCAGCUUGUGGUCAGGAAGAGCCAGAAUCCUUUAUGAGAUUGAUUUUAGAUUUAGGUAUAAUGUUUAAUUGA